UGCAGCUGUAUUGGCAUCCUUCGCGGAAUACUACCUUUAUGUGUGGAAAAGACAUGUGUUUUAUCAGCCUUGUUGCCACUCGACAAUAUGCGAUCCAUACGACCAGGCGCCAGCGGGCUUUUCAACCAAGCCGAGCCGAAGUCGGCCAAAAUGGCCCUCGCUCGCAACAAGAUGCUGAUAUGAUCUUUCAACAUGAGCUUCGGCUGGUCCAUCAGCGAUGUCAUACUGCUCGCGCAAUACAGCUGGAAGGUGUACGAGAGCUUCGCUGAAGGCACCUCGAACGCUUCAAAUGAAUAUGAUCGCUUCAAGAGAGAAUACCGGCAAGUGAUUACCUGUCUUGAAAGGCUCGUCAACACAAGCCCCGACAUAUCUUCCCUUGCCGGUUUCGACGAGACUUUCGGCGAUACCAUUCGGUUCAUCGACAAACACCGCGUACUUACUGGCAAGACGUCUAUACCUUUGAUAAGCAACUCACCUCAAGCAUCCAACAGAAUCAAAACCUAUCUAGAACGACUUGAUCAUGGCUAUCAUACUGCAACAUGGCCGAUGUAUCGUCAGGAAGCAGAGAAGCUUCGUCAACAACUGGACCGAGUAGUUUCUAUCGCGACCCUUCACGCAACGACCACCACCCUCAAAAACACACAAGGCAUUGGGAAGCAGUCAGAAGACAUUAUGCGAGCUGUAAAGGGUCUGAGCGACAAGGUCAACUUUUUACUCAAACGAAUAGCGCCAACGUCCAUUGCCGAUACGUUCGAGCUUGACCUCGACUACCUUGCAACGUUGUCGCAUACAAGUGCUAGCCCACCAAGCUUUCCCAGCCACCUUCUCGCACACUCCGACCGCAGCGAAUCAUCUGAUGACAAACUUGAACUUCUACACCAGUUUUCGCAAAAGAUGGAGUAUCUCAUCAUGAGGGACUCAAGAGGAGUUCGCUCCAUGCCUGGACACCACACGACAAGUAGCCAAGAACCAGGUGCUAUAGAUGGAGUGAGGCCUGUUCUUCGGCUUCUCGAUACCGCUCGAACUGUUGCGAAUACCGUGCUUGAUGAUGUUGGGUUUCGAUCUAUUCCUCAAACACAAGACCCUGCACAAGGUAGCUCUGUGACGGUCGAUCUUGGAGCUCGUGUUGAUGACUGGGAUGUUUUUGGACAAUGGCUGAAAUGGCAUGUUCAGCACGACAAUACGUCUGAAUCACAGCGGCCAAUACACAGCCUGCCGUCGUCGCCAAUCGCUUCGAGCAGUACAUCUCCGUGUCAUUCGCCGGAAUCGCUGCGUCUCUUGGUGGCUCAACACAGGGAUAUAUCACCAUCCAUUGUGGGAAGUCCUCUUCCGGAACCGAUCUUCACACCAGAUAGUGGAGCCUUCUCUACACCAGGUACUGUGUUUACUUCAAACAGUAGCCAGAGAAGAUUUGGAUCCAUCGACCUCGGGUCUGCUUACAUCGAGGGUGGCACUCAAUCACCCUCUCUCACUUGGCCUGUGAAAAUUAUUCUUGAGAACAAGCGCACGUUUGAAGGCUUCCUUGAGCUCAUCAUUUCUCCUACCAAUUCUGUGGAAAGGCUUCGAACCAAGACCAGAGAUGGAAAGCUAACCAUAUAUCACUUGCCCCAGGGAGAUAUAACCAACGCCUUCAUACCUUGGAUCGAUAACAGCCGAGUACAGAAAUCGAGCACGACUGUGGCUCGCCUUCAAUUCAAAGGCACACAUCAGAUCAUCGUCAAGGACGAGCGAGCCCACAGAAAUACCGUCUACCACGUUAGACCAAUAUAUUGCUUUGAUGACAUUGAAGAUCUGCGAAAGGUGCAGGAACAACUUCUCGGCAAAAUCGUCCUUGCAACUUUCGAUGUAGUACGCAUAUCAACUCGUGCUGGCCAAGAUCACUGUGCUUCCGAGACAUUGCGCGUCUUGGAGGACGAGGACAGGCAAAGGUCAUUGCUAUACUACGCUCACAAAAUGUCAUCAAAAUUAGCUACCACAAAUCCAGGCUUUGUCGAACGGACAUUGAAUGACUUCGAAGAGAUCAAGAAGGUUGACAAGAAGAAAAUGAGAUUGACGUUUCAAAGACGGAAUAGUUUGCCACGAAGAUCAACAAUCGGUAGUAUCGACUCUGUUUUGUCGUAUGACUCGGCGUCCAGUGGAGAUCCACAUACCUCUAUCAUGCAGCGUAUCAAAGCGCUCGAUUGCGAGUUUUAUGAUCAAGAAGACAGAGAGGCAUUUGAGGAGCUGUGUAAGCCGGCAUCCGCACCUGUGUUUCGAAUGCCCUUUCGCCCGCGAGAUCUGGGUAUUGGUUCGCCAAUCGCGGACCUUGAUAUCGGUCCGCCACUUGCGGAGUUGGAGGGAUGAUGACCCGAAUGCCUUGAGAAAGUCGUUUGAUUUACGCUACCUGCUCUCAAAUGAAUGGAAAGGAAACUGUAUAGGAAUUAUAAUGAAAUUGCCCCUUUUUCUUUCCCUCGUAAUGUCUUACGUGGCUCGAGAGCCUGCUACGUGCUCUCUCCUGACAUUUAUGUCAACACCAAAAACGUGUUGCCUUUUACAGAGUAUCUGGCGGUCGUUUUGUGCUCGAGAGCCUGGAGUGAACACUGAGUUCUGAUGGAAUUUCUCUCUCCCUAACCUCGAGCCACCACGGAAGCCGUUGUGUAUCGCGACUCCAUCACGACC